CCCUUAGUGUCCCGAGGCGCUCCGGCCAGUGUCCCGGAUGGAGUCCCCUCGGCCGCGCGCGCCUCCGCCCUGCUCCCGGUCCGCGGACCCUGUCUACCGCCUGGCGGGCUCCUUGGGCUCGGAGCUGCAGCGCCUCUCAGCCCUGGUGGGCCCCGACGCCGUGGCCGGAUUGGUCGCCCAAGUGGUCCGCCUCCUCGAACUACUCGAGGCCUGGGCGCGGGAAAAGCCAGGCCUCAGGGCCGCCCUCGCGGAGCAGCAGUGCCAGGCGGAGGAGGAGAAAGAGGAGGAGGAGGCCCCUUGUCCGGAGGAGAACACCCAGCUCCAGGCCCAGCAGCGCCGGGACAGCCCCCCAGGCGGAGAGAGCGCCCUGCGGAAGGAGCGGGAGGUGAUGCUGCGGCUGAAGGAGGUGGUGGACCGCCAGCGGGACGAGAUCCGGGCCCAGGCUCACGAGAUCCACUGCAAAGCCAGGGACACCGAGGCACUGCAGGAGCAACUGGAGCGCUUCCUGGCCAUGAACCAGGAGCUGCACCGGAAGCUGGCGGUGGCCCAGGCCCAGCUGCGGAGCGCCCUGGAGCGGAAGCAGGACCUGGAGGGGGAGCUGCGCCAGGCACAGGAGCUCCCCAGCGCCCACCAGGCCCCACAGCCACCGGCAGCCCAGGCGGAGGAGAGCGCGGCCUCGCCUGGGGCUCCGGGCCGUGCCGGGAACACGUUCUCCCGGGAGGAGCUGCGCCAGAUCCUGGAGGAGCGCAAUGAGCUCAAGACCAGCCUCUUCUUGGUCCAGGAGGAGCUGGCCUACUACCAGCGGGAGCUCCUGAGCCACGGGCGCAUCCCCAGCCUGCUCUUGGAGGCCGCCAAGGCCAACGUCCGCAGGCAGCGCAAGAAGAUCCGGGCCAAGAUGCUGGGCACGGCCGAGGAGCCCCUCAGCAGUGAGGAGGAAGAGGAGGAGGAAGAGGAGGAGGAAGGAGAGUGGCCGGCAGGGACCCCCGGCUCCUCCGACUGCGUGGACAGCCGCCUCCCUGGAUCCACAAUCAAGAGCUUCUUUGGGCAGUGGUACCGCCGAGGGAGCAAGGCCAGCCCCCCGGACGCCUGGGAGAUUGUGGACCCCCAAGAGCUGGGCCUCCCCCAAGGAGAGGAGCGGGAGGGGGGGCCGGGAGGACCCCCAGCCCCCCCUUGACCCCCCCCCCAAAGGAGGGACUCCGUUUCCGCUUCGGACGGACUUUGCGUUCAGCGAGCGCCCCGGUUUUAUACAAACCCCUUCCCUGCGAGUCUGGAAAUCUGAUGUAUGGUAGCCAAAAAUCAUGACCUAUCUCUGGGGCUUCCCUCUUUCUUUCUUUCUUUCUUUCUUCCCCCCUUUCUGUCUUUCUUUUGGGCUGCCCCCAAACCCAAUGCAAAAGAAGGAAAGCCAAGCACUUUGUUGUCUACACAAUAAAUCCAACUGAAUCGGGGAAGGCC